CUUUGUUUCUCAAUCUCCUUGAAAAUCUAUUAGCUCACCAUAUAUACCCUCCUUCCCUCUUUCAAACACACCUCUCUUUUUCCUCUCAACUCUUAUUUGCAAUCCCAAAAGAGAAUGGCUAUCAGCAGGAAAUCAAACAAAUUGGCACAAACAGCAAUGAUAAAGCAAAUCCUGAAAAGAUGUUCCAGCUUAGGGAAGAAACAAAGCUACGGUGAUGAACAAGGACUCCCUUUGGAUGUCCCGAAAGGUCAUUUUGUGGUAUAUGUUGGUGAAAACAGAAGCAGAUAUAUAGUUCCCAUCUCCUUUUUGACCCGACCCGAGUUUCAAAGCUUGCUUCAUCAGGCUGAAGAAGAAUUCGGGUUUGAUCACGACAUGGGCCUCACCAUUCCUUGUGAAGAAGUUCUUUUCCAGUCUCUAACGUCCAUGCUCAGAUAAUAAGACUGGUUUUAUAUGGUUAGGCUUUUAAAUGGAGGAUAUACAUGAAAUUAAGGUGAAGCUGCUUCAUUGCUUCUCUUUUUAUUAGAUUUUCACUUUAUUAUUAUUAUUUUUUGUUAACUGAUAUGACCCAAAAACCCAUGAAUAUUUUUAGAUUUGUAAAUCUGAGAAAAGCUUGAAAUAUUUUCCUCACUGAGGUGUGGCUUGUAUGUAUUAUCAACUACCAAUGUACCUGUGAGAGAGUGAAAAUUUAUCAAGGAUUUGGGGCCCUUCUUUUUA